CUGGAGGUGGACGCAGGUGUGUGGCUGCCAGAUAAUAGAGGCUUGAGGGUUGCAGGGGACCUUUUACGUUAUGUGAGCAUGGUGUUCUUUAGACAAAAUGAAACGUCCUAAUCAGUUGUGUGAUGGGUAGGACUCUUGUGUGAUAUCAUGACCCACUUGGACAUGUUAUGCAAUGCCUUCAUUAAGAGCAGGCUCAAGGCACCAUGCAACAUGAAACACAUCAAAUAUGAUAUUAAAUCUUCACUUUAGUUCCAUGUCAAAUGCUAAAAGUAAAAAUAUUUAACCCCUAAAAUUAUUUGAAUUACACUUAAAAGAAUAUAAAUGUCACUGAACCAGCAGAUGAGACAGAUACAAAAGGCAUCAUGUAAAUUUUGACGAUCUGCAGUGCCUUUAUGGCAUCUGAGACACAGAACUAAUUGUGUCCUCUGUUGGAGACAGAUUUGCAUGCUUUAACUUAUGCAGCGCGACUUGCUUAACUCUAGUACACAAACUCUGACACACACACACACAUGCAUCGACUGUUAAACGCUGCUGCGUUCUAACCUACUCACUUUCAACCCCCUCUGUUCCACUCACACGCUCUUACAAUUGAAACAGACCACAUCUAUUUCCUCCUUUUCAAGCAAAUGCGGACAGGUGGAGGUUUGAUAGACUGGCCCGAAUGCCAGAUAAUGCAGAACAAAACCUGUGCAGAAAAAAAAAAACAGAAUUAAAUUCGCUAGAACAUGUGACCUAAAUGGCCCAAUGGUGCUUGGAUGCUGUUUUUCCCCCCACUUGUGGGGAACGGUUAAACUUGUUGUCAGACUAAGGGAGAAGCUUUCUGUGGGCCGCCACAACCACAAACCAAGUCUGCCACCGGUCACGGCUCUCUAGGCACUAGAAAACAGUGAGAUAAAGAUAGACAAGAGGGACUCAAAUGCGAGAGGGGGAGGGAGAAUACGUGUUGAUGUCAGUGUGUGAAUCAGCCAAAUCGCCGAAAAAAAAAAACCCCACAGUGACUAGUUUGCGCUCCUGCUCUUUUGCACAAGGGUAAGCAUCAGUCAACCACAGGCUGACCGCCGAUCGCAAUCUCCCGUGUCUGUGAACCAUGCACAGAAUCCAAGGACAGAACCGCCUCGCUGGACCAGCGCAAGGCGACCAUGGGUUUCAGGGGCAAAGCCGGGAGCCCUUCAAAAUUCGGGAGCAGAUCAAGUUGGAAGCGUUGGAUUCGGACGAAGAGGAGAAGCAGCAGCCGCUCGCAAUGGCCUCGAACAGCAUCUUCGAAAGUUUCUCGUCCUACCAGUCUUGCUUCUCCAGGGAACCUGUGCCUGGGCGACGCUUCACGCCUCCCUCAACAACCCUGAGCUCGGGGAAGAUGAAUGAGGGGUUGCCCCUAGGGGCUCAGGAGAACAGCGGCGCCGCCCUGGUGGGCAAACUGCGCAUGGCUGACCGAAGCAUGGUGGAGGUGCUUUCCGACCACCCAGGAGAGCUGAUGCGCACCGACAGCCCUAAUUUCCUCUGUUCUGUCCUGCCAACACACUGGCGCUGCAACAAGACGCUGCCCAUCGCCUUCAAGGUAGUUGCCCUUGGCGACAUCCCUGAUGGCACCCUAGUCACAGUGAUGGCCGGCAAUGAUGAGAAUUACUCUGCCGAACUUCGGAACGCCACAGCUGGCAUCAAGAACCAAGUGGCCCGUUUUAAUGAUCUGCGUUUUGUUGGCCGCAGCGGACGAGGGAAGAGUUUUACUCUCACCAUCACUGUCUUCACAAACCCUCCUCAGGUGGCCACGUAUCAGAGAGCCAUAAAAAUUACUGUAGACGGACCCCGCGAACCACGACGCCACCGACAGAAGCCUGAUGAAGCAGUAAAGCCAGGCACGUUAGCUUUCUCUGAGCAAUUGAGGCGAAGUGCCAUGCGGUGCAGUCCACACCAUGGCCCUGCCCCCAACCCCCGUCCCGCCCUCAACACGCCCCCCUUCAGCAGUCCUGCCCACAGCCAGAUUUCCGAUUCUAGGCAGAUGCAAACGUCUCCAUCCUGGUCGUACGAGCAGUCAUACCCUUACCUGGGCCCCAUCUCUACCCCAGCGGUUCACCCCACCACACCCAUCUCACCCAGCCGCAGCGCUUUACACUGUCCAGAUCUGACGGCGUUCACUGACCCUCGUGUCAGUCUGGAGCGUUCCUUCCCAUCGCUCCCCUCUCUCCCGGAUGGCCGUUUCUCAGACCCACGGGUUCCCUACCCAACCGGAGCGUUCACAUACACGCCCACCCCUGUCACCAACGCCAUCGGCAUUGGCAUGUCAGCCAUGACCAGCCCGGCGGGCCGCUACCACACAUACUUACCCCCAGCAUACCCUGCGGGCUCCUCCCAGGCUCAGGCCGGACCCUUCCAGGCCGGUUCGUCCCCAUAUCACCUGUACUACAGCAGUGCUGCCGGCUCUUACCAGUUUUCCAUGAUGCCAGGCGGAGGAGGAGGGGGCGAGCGCUCACCGCCACGCAUCUUACCGCCCUGCACCAAUGCCUCCACAGGCUCUGCCCUCUUGCACCCCUCUCUGCCCAAUCAGAGCGAGGUGGUGGUGGAGGCAGAGGGAAGCCACAGUAGUUCACCAACCAGCAUGUCAGUGGAAGCCGUCUGGAGGCCGUAUUGAUGUUUAAAUCAGUUGUUGACCAUUGGGACGAGGGCAGCUGAAUGAGAUGGUUUCUGUUUGGACUCAAUAGACAGACUUAUGUUUUUCACAGAUCAGCAUGAGGCUCAUUUGUUUGUUUUAAAGCUGUGGAUAGUUUGUAUUAUUAUUAUUAUUAUUAAUAUUAUUGUUGUUGUUAUUAUUGUUGUUCGUCUCAUCAUCACUGUGUGAAACUGUUCAUCAGCUCCACCCAGUUUCAUGUCAAACAGAACUCAACAGGUUACAUCUAAGGUCAGAAACAGACUCUACACAAGUACUCAGAUGCAGAUGUGACCGACAUGAUGUAAGCAAUUUAACACAGUUUGGGUAUUAAUAAAUGCAUAUCGCUAAAAAAUAGAACAACUUGUGCAUCAAUAUGGUUUAUGCAAAAGUUAAAAUAAUAAAUAAAAUACUAGUAAUGAAUUUUGUUUCAAUUUUUUAUUGUACUCGAAUGAUUGGUUAUUGUUUUAUUUCUGCUUUUGACAAUAAUUGAAUAUUUAAGUAAAUAUUGCAUCAGUUAUCAGACACCUAAUACAAAUAAUUAAUAUCAAAAUAUGCUAUAAAUAAAAUGAAUUAUGAAUACUUUUACUGUAGUCUAAUGAUUAAUACUGCUUUUUGACAAAAAUAAGUAUUAGUUAAGUUAUCAGACACUUAAAAAUUAUUAAUAUCAUAUCAGUUGAUCUCUAUAUAUAGAAUUCCUUUUAAGUAAAUUAUAAAAACAUGCACAAUGACUUUGCAGUAAUAUAGUGUUAUAUGCCAUUUAUUAAAAUAAGUUAAAUAUUGGUUUAGUUACCAGAUACUUACUAAAAAUAAUAUCAGAAAACAAUCUGAUGUUGAUCUGAAUGGAAACAGGAGUCAUGUCCACUAAUUUUGCUCAAUUUUCUUCAAACUUUACCGUAACUGUAGCUGACCAUAGAAGAAGACGAUUUACGAUUAUGUCCAUUUGCGAUAUUGCCAUCGAAUUACAUUCUGACACAUUUCUGAAUGUAAAAAAUGCAUGAAAUGAAACUUGUGUUGCUGGAAGAGUUUGUGUUGAACUUGUGUAGAGUCUGUUUGGGAUCUAAUACUUUUAAAUUGAUCUACAAUAUAGAAUUUAAAUGUAGUCCAUUCACGAAUUGUGUGAAUAGGUCAACAAAUGCCCAAUAAGUUCCCAGCCUGCUGUUUCUUUCCCGCUUCAUUGUCGUCCCCGAAGCCGAGGUGAACAAAGCAAAGCCUCUGCUGGCGGCGAUAUGCUCUUAAGAGCUUCAACAGACUUUUGACUCUUUACAUUUCCAGGUUUACGAGACUUUGCCCGGUCACUGCCUUUAACAGUCGUUUUCUCCGCUAGAUUUACAGUGCAACAUGGUCUCUGUAAAUUAAAGCUUUCCAAUUGAUGCUCUCACUUCACGGUUUGAUGGUCAGCUGGAUGGAAGAUGCAAGAAUCAUGGACCUGAUUUUUUGUGUAAAUAGAUUGUAAAUGACUCUGGAGGUUAAUGGUAGUUUGAUCACUUCACACACUCGACACGGUUCUCAACUACCACAACUGUGAAAUGAGCAAAAUCUUUUGAAAUGCAGCUUCAUUUUUUUCCCUUUUUGUCCCUUUCCAACAUUUCUUUUGGAAAAUAUAACACUUUGUUGUGAAGAAACUGCUUAUUUCUAUA